AUGGCUGAAGAAGGGAGGGUUCAUCCGGACUGCAGGAAUGCGUCGAACCCAUAUCACGAAUGCAGUGAUUAUUGCUUCAAGAUUAUUGCUGAAGCGAAGAAAACGGUGGAUAAACAAGGCGCAGUAGGUGUGCUAGCUGUUGAUGAUAAUUUACGGUUGGAUAAAAUUACUGCCCCUGACCAAGUAAAAGCCGUGAAUGUUAUAAGUAAUGACGGCGAGGAUUGUUCUGGUAAGGAAAUUGGUAGUGAGGGUGAGGAUGACCCGGCCAAAAGUAUGCCCAAUCUUACGGGCAGGCAAAAGAAGUUGUUUGAGCUGAGAUUAAAGAUGAACGAGGCAAGGAAGGCCAAUCAGACUGCGAUGGUUGCCGAAAAGAAGAAGUCCGAAGCCCCAACAGAACCUAGAGGAAUUUCCAAGCAAAAAUGGCUUGAGGAAAGGAAGAAGAAAAUCGGGAGGCUUUUGGAUGCCAAUGGAUUAGAUAUGAGCAAGGCAUAUAUGCUGGAUACACAAGAGAUGGCCGAGUCGAAGUACAAGAAAUGGGAGAAAGAGCCUGCUCCUGCUGGUUGGGAUGUUUUCAAUCAAAGAACAUUAUAUAACGCAUAUAAGAAAAGAACAAAGAAUAUCAACGUAAACCUCGAGGAGUACAACAAAAUGAAAGAAGCAGAUCCAGAAUUCUACCGUGAGGCUUCAAGUCUUCAAUAUGGAAAAGCUCCAAAGAUAUCAGAGGAUAAGGUUGAUCUCAUGGUCAAAGAGCUCAAGGAUCGGGAGGAAAAGUCAAGGUCCUUUAGCCGAAGGAGAAAGUUCCGUGAAGAAAAGGAUAUCGACUCUAUCAACGACCGAAACGAACAUUUCAAUAAGAAGAUCGAGCGUGCUUUUGGCAAGUACACGCUCGAGAUCAAGAACAAUCUUGAGAGGGGAACUGCUCUGCCGGAUUAA